CUUGCCUCACACAGCUCCGAGCGGCUCUGUCUGUGCGCACACUGGACCCUGCUGAUUGGACGAGUGAGGAGAGCUCGUACCUGCCAGGUGGAGGUGAAUGCUGCAUAAUAUCUGAGUUAAAUGGGAGUGGUGGCAGCUCCUCCCACUUCCCUGUCUACUCAAAAGCACCAGUGGCAGCAGCUGAGGAGAUAAAAAGAGAAGGAAAUACACAAGUAGCGGACUACUGAACACACAUCCGGGGGAAAAAAACAGCUGGCAUAGUCACAGAGUUACGACGUGUGUUCCUGGCAAGCUGACGAGACAAAUUGAUUGCUCAGACGUGCAUCAAAGAUGGCCUCCGCCGCUCCAUUCAGCCGCAGACAGUGGGCGUCCCAGUCACUGAGGGUCACCGCCAAGGAGAUGUCCAUCGUCUCAGCGCGGGGUAAAAACAACGCCAUCGCGGAGCGCUUUUCCAAGUACCAGAUGGCAGCAGAGGAGGGAAACGCAGAGAAAAAGAAAGCGGUUGUAGAACCUCUUCCCUCCGCCCUGCGCAGUGGGAAUCUGAGUGUCCUAAAGAAACGCUGGGAGCAACAGCAGCAGUCCAGCCACAGAGCCCCACAUCAGGCCUGCAGCCCUGCUGACGCUCAGAUCCACAUCUGUCAGCCCACUGGCCCAAAUCCUAGACCCACAUCACAGAUUGAGAACCAGCCAGACACCCUGAAAACCCCCACUAGACAACUCUCACUAGACCAGCAUACUGAGCCCGAGACGCAGGUUCACUCCGAGACCAGCUCCAACCAGCUGCAGUCGGCUCAACCCCAGCAUCUGAGCAACAUGGAGGAGAUGCCCAGCAGAGAUUCAGAGGGGCAGGAGGGAGGAGCAGCAGCUGAAGUACCGGACUCUGAGAGGCCGAGUGUUCCCCUCAACAGUCUCAAGAUGAUGUUUGAGAAGCGGGAGAACCUGAACGACGAGGUGUCCAGAGAGCAAACGAGUAGAGGAAACGACAGUAAUACUGCCAACAUGGACCAGCUACUUGGAGAUGGAAGUCUCGCAGAGUCGACUCCCCUCCGGGACCGGAUGGCCCUCUACCAAGCUGCCAUCUCCAAACAGGAAGUAACUCCCACCUCAGUCAGUAGUGAUCAGCUGGACGGUCUGUGUGGGAAGCAGAAGGAGAACGUUCCUCCGUGCACUCUGGACCUGAGUCCAGAGUCUGAACCAAACGGCAGGAAAGGAUUCACCUCAGAGAGCAACGGCUCCGCUUCUGGCACCCCUACAUCCUCCAAUCAGAGAGACUCUUCUCAGCCCAGGACUCCCAAGGGCUUCCGCCUGCCUGUGAGGGAGACCUGCGUGUCGUGUCUGAAGACGGUCUACCCUCUGGAGAGGCUGGUGGCCAAUCAGCACGUUUACCACAGCUCCUGCUUCCGCUGCUCCCACUGCAACACCAAACUCAGUUUGGUGAACUACGCCUCCCUGCACAACAACGUCUACUGCAAGCCGCACUUCUGCCAGCUGUUCAAGGCCAAGGGCAACUACGACGAGGGCUUCGGCCACCGGCCCCACAAACAGCUGUGGGAGAGCAAAGGGGAGAGCGGCGAGACCUCAGCACAAUCCAACCCUUCGACCAAGCCAACGAACCAGAUCCCGGCCUCUGACCUGGACAGCCCCAGUGUGGAGGACUCCCCGCUGGCUAAAGUCAAUGUGCUGAUGGCCACUAUGGAGGCUCUGGGACAGGGAUCCCCGGAGAAGUCUGACAGACCCACUGAGACCCGCAGGCUCAAAAUCUCCUGGCCACCAAGAACAGAGCUGGAGGAUUCGAGCGGCCGCACUGGCACCGCCACAACGGGCGCAGACGAGGGGUCCCCCAGUAAGCCAAUCCGAGCCAAGUGGCCCCCAGAGGAGGACUCCCUCUCCUCACCUCCUGAACAGGCCAGAGAGACGCCCUGCCUGCGCCGCACCUCCUCCCUGAAGGAGCGCAGCAUGCCCUUCACACUGGCAGGACAAGCUCCUGCACCUGAGGCCAGAAGUCUGCCUGUAGACAGGCAGCUCAGUCCUGAACCAUCCAGCAUGGAGCUGCAGCACUGCGGCCAGUCCACAGACAGCCAGACACCCACCGAGGACAGCUGUGUGGACGUCCACACCAGCUCCGGAGAGGAGGACCAGGAGGGGGAGAUGAAGACGGAGUACACACCGGAUGAUCAGCCUGAGGAGGAGAAGAUGGAGGACGUGGAAGAAGAUGGAGAUGUGUUGGAGGAAGAGAUGGCCCCUCUGAAACAGGAGGAGACACCCACAGACAUCUUGUCUCCUGAAGGUGAGGUGGAGGCCAGCCAGUCGUCUCAGGAUGUGGGCUUCUGGGAGAGCGAGGAGGUGGAGGAUAAGGAGGAGGCUGUGCAGCAGCAGGACGAGGAGGUGCUGACGGUGGAGGAAAUGAUCAAACGAAACCGACACUACGAGGACGAAGAGGAGGAAGAGGAUGUAUGAACUGAUCCAUCAACAACAUAACAUGCACACUUGGAGGACUUCAUGCCAUUCCUUCUUUUUUAGAUGUUUUCUUCUCCUCUUCUUAAGAGUUCAGUAGCGUUCACACCAGACUCUACUGAACUCUCUUUGUGCCUCUUUCGAACACUUUUUGAAACAUUUAAAACAAGAUUCCUACAAGAUAGUUUUUACAAGGCUAUUGUCCCUCAAACACUGUUUUUAAAUGUACAAUAUUUAAAAUUACACCCCAUGUAAUGAAUGUUUUUAGCACUGAGCUGUCCAAAUGAAUGACAUGUAGAGAAUUCUUUUUCUGUAAUUUUUCUAUGUUCCUUGAAUGCUCCUAAUCUGGAUUGAAACUGUUAUAAAUAGCCUACCAAUAGCAUGGUCCUCUUACUAGACCAAGAAGUGGGAUUAAUAUAGCUUCUUAAAGGUGUCCUUAAUUAUAAAUGGGAAAGCUAAAAGAAGACGUCUUAGAAAAGAGAGCCCAGGCCAGCACUAGGAUCAGUUUAAAAUAACUGAUUUGGAUAUGUUUCGACUUUCAGUGGAAAAUACAUUAGUCACCUUACCCUCUAUUCAGUUGACCUACUGUAUGUACAUGUUAGACUUAAAAAAGUAAUAACUGGAUUGAAAUACUGAUGUUUUUAAAACCAAGGGACCAAAUAUCCUUCAUAACUGUUUAAAUAAAUUGUUGUAUGCAAAA